CAGAGCCUAACCAAAGCGGGAAGUGGAUGCUCCAGCCGUCGACGAGAAUCCAGAGAGAGAAGCUGCUUCGCCUACCGUCGACGAGACCCUGUAUUGCGAGAUCUCUCUCUCUUUCUCUUUCUCUUUCUCUCACUCUCAUUCUAUUUCUCGUUCUCUUUCUCUCUCUUUUUCUUUCUCUUUCUCUCACUCUCAUUCUCUUUCUUUCCUGAUCUCUUCUCCCUCUGCCCCCCUGAAUUUGUUAUUGUUCUAUGGUUUAACAAGUCAAGGAUUUUGGACUCCUCUGUGCACGAAGACGCACUAGAUCUGCGGGUUUCUCCUGUCACUUUACUAGGGUUUGAACUUUACUCAGAGGACUGCAUUGGGACGAUUGAUGGCACUCAUGUUAGUGCUUCUGUACCUCUACCCAAACAAAUACCGUACUGAGGAAAUAAAUGAGAUAUGACAUGGAAUGUUAUGUGUGCAUGUGACUUUGACAUGAAAUUCACUUUUGUAUACGCUGGUUGGGAGGGUUCUGCAAAUGAUUGUCGAGUAUUCAAUGAGGCAUUGAAUAACCCUAAAUUUGAAUUUUCUCAUCCUCCACAUGGUGAAUAUUACGUGGUUGAUUCUGGUUAUCCAUCUACUACUGGGUUCUUAAUGCCGUUCAAAGGACAAAGAUACCAUCGAAAUGAUUAUAGGAAUAGACGUCCAAAGACAACAGUAGAGUUAUUUAAUAAUAGACACUCUUCUACUAGGAAUGUCAUAGAGCGCAGUUUUGAUUCUUUGAAUAAGCGUUUCCCAAUUCUUAGCAUAAUGCCAUGUUUUCCACUGAACACCCAAACAUGCAUCGUCACUGCUUGUUGUGCACUUCACAACUUCAUUCGGGAGGAAGAAAUUGCAGACAAGAAUUUUGAGGAGUUUGGUGAAAAUUGGUGGAAUCGGGAGCCUGAAGAAAUUCAAGAUUAUGUACCACCGACUCACAUUAGUAUAAGCUUAGCAGAAAGAAGAAGACAGAUGGAUGAUCUUAGGAAAAAGAUUGCAAAUGAGUUAGCUAUUAAAGCCGGAAUGACUCAAAUUACAUGAUUACAUUUUGAUGGUUGGAUUUAAACUUUAAAGUAGUUGGACAUGUUUUGCAGUUAAGAAUUAAGUUGGAAGAC